AUUUACAUUUAUUUCCUAAAAAUUAACAUACAAUAGGAUCAAAAGAGCAAGGACAGAUCGGUCAAGUUACCUUCUAGUGUUAAAUGGCCUUCAGAGAGCAUGGUCAUUCGGCUUCUUCAUUUUUUAAAAAAAAGUCAAAUCUAUAAAGUUAAAAAAAUAGAGUCAAAUCCGUAGAUUGUCUUGAAAGUAGAAUCAGAUUUACAAUUGCCCCAUAAAAUAAAGUAAGUGCAACACCAGAUAUAAUAAGUAGUACUAGUGCUAACUUCGUUCUACAACACAUGCAUGUCUAAGUUAUAGCGCAAAGAAUAAUGCUAGAAAAAGUUAUAAUGUUGUUACUUAAUAGUUGAAAUAGUUGAGAAAUGAAUACGGUUAGAAGAGCAGGUCGGAGUAAAAUAGUAAAGAAUUUGAAUAAAAAUUGAUUGACAUAAUAAGUAAUAUAUUAUAUGGGUUGGAAGGUUGUUACGAGUAAAAUAGAAAAAAUAGUUAAUGUGAUAAACGAUUUCAUAAAUAAUUUUAGAAAUAGUUAUAUUUUUAAAACAAAUUAAAUACAAAAAAACUUGCUUUUAAAAAGGUGACAAAAGGGUGAGCAUUAAAAUAGAGGGGACGCUGUGAAAAGCCGGCGCGGCCGAUCGAGCUCUUCUCUCGUGGGUGGGGGUUUUUGGCGUCUAGCUCCCUCCGCCUCCGCCUCCGCCGCGUCGCGCCUCCCACUCCCACUCUCUCUCUCUCUCUCCUCCGCUCCGCCGGCGAGAUGCGGAGCCUCGCCGUCGCGAGCCCCCUCCCGCCCGCCCGCCGCCCGCGCGCCGCCCGCGGGAGGGAAGUGAUUUCACAAUGUUGGAAAUGUGAGAUAAAUCAGGACCAAUCUUUGGGGAACUCCCUAAGGAUAGGUCAAUCACAAGGCAGUUUGCAAAGACAUGUUUCCAAGAAUUUGGUCGCAACUGCUGCGGCUAUUUCCGUUGAACAAGCUGAAGUCAGUAUUUCUCUUCCAAAAGGUGAUAUGUGGUCUGUGCACAAGUUUGGUGGCACCUGUAUGGGAACAUCCCAGAGAAUUCAGAAUGUUGCUGAUAUUGUUCUUGGCGACUCUUCUGAGAGGAAGCUGAUCAUUGUUUCUGCAAUGUCCAAAGUCACUGACAUGAUGUUCAACCUUGUGCAUAAGGCUCAAUCAAGAGAUAACUCUUACAUGGCUGCAUUGGAUGAAAUUUUCGAUAAGCAUAUGCUUGCAGCAAAAGAUCUUCUCGAUGGAGAAGACCUUGCAAGAUUCUUGGCUCAGUUACAUUCUGACAUCAGUAACCUGAGAGCAAUGCUCCGUGCUAUUUUUAUAGCUGGACAUGCAACAGAGUCUUUCUCUGAUUUUGUUGUCGGGCAUGGAGAAUUGUGGUCAGCUCAAAUGUUGUCGUAUGCUAUAAAGAAGUCUGGGGCACCUUGCAGUUGGAUGGAUACAAGAGAAGUUCUAGUUGUGAAACCUAAUGGUUCUAAUCAGGUUGAUCCUGACUAUUUGGAAUCUGAGAAACGGCUCCAGAAAUGGUUUUCACGACAACCAGCCGCGACAAUAGUCGCUACUGGGUUUAUUGCCAGUACAGUUGACAACAUUCCCACUACACUGAAAAGGGAUGGAAGUGACUUUUCAGCAUCCAUAAUUGGUUCCCUUGUUAGGGCUCGUCAGGUCACAAUCUGGACUGAUGUUGAUGGGGUAUUUAGUGCAGAUCCUAGAAAAGUUAGUGAAGCUGUGAUCUUAAGCACAUUAUCAUAUCAGGAGGCCUGGGAAAUGUCAUAUUUCGGUGCAAAUGUUUUGCAUCCCCGUACCAUUAUACCUGUGAUGAAAGACAACAUUCCUAUUGUCAUUAGGAAUAUGUUCAAUCUAUCUGCCCCUGGAACAGUGAUCUGCAAGCAGCCUGCUAACGAAAAUGCUGAUUUAGAUGCUUGUGUCAAAUCAUUUGCCACUAUAGAUAAAUUGGCCCUUGUUAAUGUUGAAGGAACUGGAAUGGCUGGUGUUCCAGGUACAGCAAGUGCCAUAUUUAGCGCCGCCAAGGAUGUUGGAGCUAAUGUUAUAAUGAUAUCUCAGGCUAGCAGUGAACACUCGGUAUGCUUUGCUGUUCCAGAAAAGGAAGUUGUAGCAGUCUCUACAGCCUUGCAAGUUAGGUUUCGUGAGGCAUUAGCAGCAGGAAGAUUAUCAAAGGUUGAAGUCAUUCGUGGGUGCAGCAUUCUUGCUGCUGUUGGCUUGAGGAUGGCCAGUACUCCUGGAGUCAGUGCAAUUCUUUUUGAUGCAUUAGCAAAGGCAAAUAUUAAUGUACGGGCAAUAGCCCAAGGCUGCAGUGAAUACAAUAUUACCGUUGUAUUGAAGCAAGAAGAUUGUGUGAGGGCUUUGAGAGCUGCUCAUUCAAGAUUCUUCCUCUCCAAAACCACUCUUGCUGUUGGGAUCAUUGGACCUGGUUUAAUUGGUGGAACGCUCCUUAACCAGCUGAGAGAUCAGGUUGCUGUCCUCAAGGAAAAUAUGAAUAUUGAUCUACGUGUUAUUGGAAUAACUGGCUCAAGCACAAUGCAUUUGAGUGACAUAGGGGUGGACUUAAACAAGUGGAAAGAGCUUCUACAGCAAGAAGCAAAGCCAGCUGAUCUUGCUGGUUUUAUUCGCCAUUUAUCUGAAAAUCAUGUAUUUCCAAACAAAGUUUUGGUGGACUGCACAGCAGAUACAAAUGUAGCUUCCCACUAUUAUGAUUGGCUGAAGAAGGGUAUCCAUGUCAUUACACCAAAUAAGAAAGCAAAUUCUGGGCCACUUGAUCGGUAUAUGAAAUUAAGGAGUCUGCAGCGUGCAUCAUACACUCAUUACUUUUAUGAAGCAACUGUUGGUGCUGGCCUCCCAAUCAUUAGCACCCUUCGAGGUCUUCUAGAGACAGGUGACAAGAUAUUGCGUAUUGAGGGCAUUUUCAGUGGGACUUUGAGUUAUAUUUUCAACAAUUUUGAAGGCACAAGGACUUUUAGUAAUGUUGUUGCUGAAGCAAAAGAGGCCGGAUAUACAGAGCCAGAUCCAAGAGAUGAUCUAUCAGGAAGUGAUGUUGCCAGAAAGGUCAUUAUCCUUGCAAGAGAGUCUGGUCUGAAGCUUGAGCUUUCUGAUAUUCCUGUAAAGAGCCUUGUGCCAGAGGCACUUAGGGUAUGCUCGUCAGCAGAUGAAUUCAUGCAGAAACUACCAUCCUUUGAUCAGGACUGGGACAGGCAACGUAAUGAGGCUGAAGCUGCAGGAGGAGUGCUGCGGUACGUGGGCGUAGUGGACGUGGCGAACAGGAAGGGCCGGGUCGAGCUGCAGAGGUACAAGAGAGACCACCCGUUCGCGCAGCUGUCCGGCUCCGACAACAUCAUCGCCUUCACCACGUCGAGGUACAAGGAGCAGCCGCUGAUCGUGCGAGGCCCCGGCGCUGGCGCCGAGGUCACCGCCGGUGGCGUCUUCUGCGACAUCCUGCGGCUGGCGUCCUACCUCGGAGCGCCCUCCUAGUAAGCCUUUCUUUUUGCCUUCCUCGACAAAAUUGUCUGGAGGAAGAUGCAUUGGUAUGCAGCAUGUAUGUUUUGUGUUCUGAAUAAGUGUGAGGGAAAUAAGGUCAUAUAGAGGUGCUGGCUGGUCCUUGGAUUAGGUGUUGUUUUUGCCACCCAAUCCAGCACUGCUUGCUAUCGAACUCCCUUUGUAUUGGAAUCUGGAGCGAUCUGAUCUAUUAAUAAUAAAUGGCUGGAAUAUGUUGUGCUUCGAUUGCA